AUGCGCCAAUGCCUGACCUCAGACCUCGGCGGCUACUACACCACCAACACUGCAUCCACGGAAAAAGACCAAUUCGGCACAAAAGGUGACUUUGUCACCAGUCCCGAGAUCAGCCAGAUCUUCGGUGAGCUGAUCGGGGUGUGGGUGGUGGCGGAAUGGAUGGCGCAGGGGAGGAGGAGCGAGGGGGUCUAUUUGAUGGAGAUUGGGCCUGGGAGAGGGACGCUGAUGGAUGAUAUGUUGAGGACCAUCCGCAAUUUUCCCCCUUUAGCCAAAGCAGUUGAAGCAGUCUACAUGGUCGAAGCAAGCGCCAACCUCCGACUCGCCCAGCACAAACUCCUCUGUGGCGAGAAUAACUCACUCAUCGAGAACGAGAUCGGCCACGAAAGCACCAGCAAGCACAGCCCGGACCUGAAGAUCAUCUGGACAGAAGACAUCCGAUUCGUGCCGCGCGAAGCAAACAAAACCCCGUUCAUCAUCGCCCACGAAUUCUUCGACGCCCUACCCAUCCACGUCUUCCAAUCCGUCGCUCCACCCCCCGCUCCAUCUCCGUCUGCCCAAAAUGGAAAAGACGAAGGAAUGAUCCAGACGCCCACCGGCCCAAUCGCGAACCCAAACCCAACCCCAACCGCCCGAAGACUCCCCCCAAAAAACCAAUGGCGCGAACUAGUCGUCUCCCCCAUCCCACCCCACCGCCUAAAAGAGCAAGAACCCGAAUUCGAGCUCACGAUGGCCAAGAGCGCAACCCCGCAUUCCAUGUACCUCCCGGAAACCUCCCCGCGCUACCAAGCCCUCAAGUCGACAGAGGGGGCGACGAUAGAAAUCAGUCCCGAGUCGCAAGCCUAUGCCCGGGAUCUGGCGGAGAGGAUUGGGGGGGCGAAUCCUGCGGCGGCGAGUAAGAAGAAGGAUAGGCAGCCGAAGACUCGGGCGGCAGCGGCGGCGGGGGCGGGGAAGACGGUACGGUCUGCUGCUACUGCUGCUAUAACGGCGACAGGAGAAGCGCUAGCAAAGCCGCAACCGUCAGGAGCAGCCCUGAUAAUCGACUACGGCCCCCCCUCCAGCAUCCCAAUAAACUCUUUGCGAGGGAUAAAACAACACACUCGCGUCUCCCCUUUCCUCUCAGCCGGAACCACGGAUCUAAGCGCCGACGUGGAUUUUCUCGCUUUAGCCGAAGCAGCUAUCAAUGCUUCCCCAGGGGUAGAAGUCCACGGACCCGUCUCCCAAGCACUUUUCUUAAAGGCAAUGGGGAUUGAAGAGCGGGCGGCGCAGUUGGUUAAGAGGGCUGUUGAUAGGGAGAGAGGAGGUGGUACGAGAGGAGGUGGUGUGGGAGGAGGUGGGAUGGGAGGGGAAGGAGGGGAAGGGAGCGAGGGUAGAGAAGGGAGGGAUAAAGGGGAGUUGACUGAGAUUGUCAAGAGGGUUGAGUCGGGGUGGAGGAGGUUGGUGGAUGGGGGGCCGCAGGGGAUGGGGAGGCUGUAUCAGGUCAUGGCUAUUGUGCCUUUUACGCCGCCCGUCCAGGGACAGGCGAGGAGGCGGCCGGUGGGGUUUGGUGGCGAUGUUGCUGUCUAG